CGGAUAAAUCCUUACUCGGGUGGGUCGAAUCUGAUCCUUUUGUACCUGUGCCUCAGCAGAAGCUUUCACAGUUCGGAGUCGUCGUCUUCAAUUUACUUUACCCAAGUUUUUCUUCAAGUAUCUGAGGUUAAAGCAUGGACGUGCUCUCACUUUCUUCGCCGUUGACUUCUCAGUUCCCUUUCGUUUCUAAAUUCAAUUCCUCACUUCGCUCCAAUUCCUUGCCUCACUCUUUCAAACCCAUUUCUUCUUUUAAAACCCCUAAAUUAACCGCCAAAACCCCAGCACUUCAACAGAAACAUCAAAAUGUUUAUUUAUCUUCUGCUCCCCAGACCCCCGCCACCGCUAUGCGAGGCGCCGAGUCCGACGCUAUGAGCCUCCUCCUCAAGGAGAGAAUUGUCUUUUUGGGCAACCAAAUCGACGAUUUCGUCGCUGAUGCCAUUAUUAGUCAGCUCUUGUUACUUGAUGCUCAAGACCCCACCAAAGAUAUCAGACUUUUCAUCAAUUCUCCUGGCGGCUCUCUUAGUGCUACAAUGGCUAUAUAUGAUGUGGUGCAGCUGGUGAGAGCUGACGUGUCCACAGUUACCCUUGGCAUUGCAGCAUCAACUGCUUCGAUAAUUCUUGGUGGUGGCACCAAAGGCAAGCGCCUUGCAAUGCCCAACACAAGAAUUAUGAUUCAUCAGCCUCUUGGAGGGGCUAGUGGGCAGGCAAUUGAUGUGGAAAUUCAAGCUAAAGAAAUUAUGCAUAACAAGAAUAAUAUUACGAGAAUUAUAUCUGGUUUCACUGGCCGUCCUUUUGAACAAGUGCAAAAGGAGAUUGAUAGGGAUCGAUAUAUGUCCCCAAUUGAAGCAGUUGAGUAUGGAAUAAUUGAUGGAGUUAUUGAUAGAGAUAGCAUCAUUCCUUUGGUGCCUGUGCCAGAUAAGGUCAAACCAAACUUCAAUUAUGAGGAAAUUAGUAAAGAUCCGAGGAAAUACUUGACUCCAGAUGUUCCUGAUGAUGAGAUUUACUAGCAUGGAAUGUGUUUAGUGGUAUUUAAAUCAAUCGGUGGAUCCUUCGGCUGGCUGUUGGCUCAUGUAUUCCUUGCAAAUCUGGGUGAAUGGUAAUUGGCUCUCCCAAAAUUUUGCCGGGGUGACAUAGUGCAGACUUUGGAAGCAAUGCUCAGUUACAAGAGCAUGGUUUAUGAUCUUCCAGUUAUAUCAAAAUAGAUUGUCUGAGAAAAGCUUUGCACUUAUCUUUGUCUCACGCCAUGGAAGUCAUUUAUUCAAAUAUUUUUGCCUGCACUGCUUAAUAGACUUUUGUUUUUUUAGGGAAAUUUUUAUGCCGGAUCUAUUUGUUCUGUAGAAUUUGGUCAUGGCUUACAUCUCACUGGGGAAAUUUUUCUAA